AUGACUGCUUGCACGGUAGUGAAAGAGAUCGAGAGGCUUGGCUUCGAAAUCUCACCACAGAAAACGGAGGCUAUAAUUUUUCCGGCCUCUGCGAUUGGGCAUGGUUCCUACAAUUUGAUAAUAAAAAACAAGGAGGUUCCUAUAACCUCAACAUUGAAAUAUCUUGGCAUUAUCUUAGAUAGUGAUUGGAAAUUUACUCAACAUUUUGAGAAGCUAUAUUUAAAGGUAAAUAAAAUUAUAAGUUAUCUCAGGGAAAUUAUGCCCAAUUGCAGAGGACCUAAUAAAAAGAAGAGGAAAUUGUACUUACAUGUAGUUCUCUCCAUGAUCCUCUAUGGAGCUCCCGUGUGGUCGGUCUCUUUUGAAGAGAAUCGAAGAGCGAAGACUUUAAUGGUCAGGCUUAUGAGAAGGAUCACCCAAAGGGUCUGUUGCGCAUACCGAACGGUAUCCUUCGUCGCGGCGUCGAUCAUCCCGGGGACUCCCCCGUUAGAGUUCCAGGCGCGUAGGUUAGCGGCUCUUUACUUUAAGACUAGAUCCGCCAUAAACGAUGAAGAAGAAAACUCUCCCAGUACUAUAGUGAAAUGGAAAAUUGAAGCGAAAAAACAGGCCCUACUUGACUAG